UAUUUGAGCUUUUGACAUCCUUCUUCCUCCGUGCAAAGAAAGCUCCGGCCACCAAAUUUAUCCGCUCGGUGACGGCUGUUGAGCGCAUUCGAGAGUGAUCGGUUCCUGGUGCUCCUGCUUUGUGCUGCAUCCUCCCUCUCCUCUCUCUUUAGCCCUUUCUCUUUUGUUUACGGUCGCCGCUCCGUUUUCCACCAGAGAUCCGCGAUGGGUCGGCCUCCGCACGGCGGAGGUCCCGUCUUCCGAUUCACUCAGAACGAGGUUUCGGAGAUGGAAUCGUGCUUACAAGAAAUAAAUAAUGCAAUACCACCUCGUGAAAUUAUGUGUGCACUCGCCGACAAAUUUAGUCAAUCCUCUGAGCGAGCUGGGAAGAUUGUCGUGCAACCGAAGCAGGUAUGGAAUUGGUUCCAGAAUAGGAGAUAUGCACAGAGAGCAAAAUUGAGCAAGGCACCUGCGAAGUUAACCAUUUUGCCAAUGCAUCGAGAAGAAUCACUUCCUUUUACAAAUGUGUCUACUCCUAUUUCUACUCCUGGACGGAGUUCAACAGAUAAUGCUCUGGUGGAAUUCGAAGCAAAGUCCGCUAGAGAUGGGGCAUGGUAUGAUGUUUCAACCUUUCUUUCCUAUAGAAUGCUUGAAACUGGUGAUCCGGAAGUUCGUGUUCGGUUCUCGGGAUUUGGUGUGGAAGAGGAUGAGUGGAUUAAUGUACGCAGAUAUGUUAGACAGCGUUCCCUUCCAUGUGAGGCUGCUGAAUGUGUUGCUGUACUUCCGGGAGACCUUAUCCUUUGCUUUCAGGAAGGUAAAGAACAGGCUCUUUACUUUGAUGCUCAUGUUCUUGAUGUACAAAGACGAAGGCACGAUGUACGAGGAUGCAGGUGUAGAUUCCUUGUUCGUUAUGAUCAUGACCAAUCCGAGGAAAUAGUUCCACUGAGAAAAAUAUGUAGGCGCCCAGAAACUGAUUACCGUCUGCAGGUGCUGCAAGCUUCAAAAUUAUCUGGCCCCAUUGAUCUACAAGCCACAGCAACAGACAGCUGGUCGAUUCCUAAGGAUUUGGCUUCGCAAAGGAACGGGAAGCAGCGCAAGCUAAUGGAUGUCAACACCGACGAGGUAACAAUGGUCUCCCUUCCUCCUUCAAAGGAUUUGAUUAGCUCCCAUGGCAAUAGUCCAGCAGCAGCAACUGUUGAUAAUAGCAGCAGCACCCCUGUGAAGGUUGUAACUGAGGAGGCUGCAGUGAACAACCAGAGCAUGGAGUCCCAACCAGAAGGAAAUACCUAGUCUGAUGGUUGAUGUAGGAUGAACACAAAGUAAAAAAACUCAUUUGCUUUAUUUCAUUGUUGGUGAAUCAACAUUUCAGUUUAGUCAGGCUUAAUACCAGAGCUCUAGGUUGGAAAAUGCCUUAGUUAAAUUUAAGUUCGUCGAAAUUGGAAAUGUAACCCACAUUCGAUAGUUCUACUACCUCAGAAUGAUCUAUUAUCUUUCCAUCAAGCAUUUGAUCUGAACGAUUGUAUACGUUUUUUUUUUCUCCCGCUAACGAAAGACGUAUGCAUCUGCAAGUCUUCAAAAGUCACCAAUGAAAACGAAAAAAAGGUAGAAUCCCCUUUAUGCCUGUACAACUUGCCUCAAUAAUUCCUCCAUUAUUUCCAAGCACCUUUUCCGUUCCACUACUGAUCGGAAUCUCCUAUCCUGCUCAAUAGCGGCUCACAAAAGAGACGAGCAUCUUACUCCUAAACGUUGAUUUGCGUUCAAGGAAUCCUGAUCAUUCUUCCUUCACAUCCUAUUCAUGCUUCUGUGUCACAGCACCGUCCUCCAGUCCUGUCCUGUCCUGCUCUAUAAAUUGUAGUGGAUGCAAUGCAAGAUCCAGAAGCAAAUUUCCCUGCGUGUAAUUCGGUAUGGCCUCCAUGAAAGCAGAGAAGCCAGUGGCUUCAUCCCCAGCUCCUAAGGUUCAGCUCAAGCCUGCAGGCACCAAACCUGCAGCCACCACGAACAGGAGGCCACAGGAACCAAAGAAGGCCGCAAAUACUACUCCCAAGGCAACUCAGCCAGCAAAGUCAAAGUGAACGAGCUCCUGCGUAUGUCGUUAUGGGGCAUAAGUAUAGUAGUUAUGGAAUAAGGAGUAUGUAAUGUUGUCAUGGUUGGCUUGGGACAUAUAAUUACACUCAGUGAUGAUACUUGAUCAAUGUUUAUUGAAAAUAUAGUAUAAAAUAAAAUAUUAAUCAAAGAAAUUGUCUUGUUGGAGACAAGUCAACGAUUACUA